AUGACGCGUGAAGGCAACAACAACUCACAAUCUCGUCGUCAACAUCGUUCCGGCGUGGAAAGGGCACCAUCACAGGGGUCACAAACCCGCCAGGCUCCUGGCAGCGAUGGCCCAGACACUCAGUUAACAGACAUCCCUGCCCCAAACCAGAUCAACGUUGCGCGCCGAGACAAGAUGGACUCGCAAAAGUCGACACAGUCCAACAAUGGUCGAAGCUAUGACCAGUACUGUCGUUCGCCAUCUCCCAGCAUGAGCACUCGGACUCGAGAACAAGCGAUUGUGGAGGAAGAGAAUGCAGGGACGGUGCAGUUUGAUCUUGAUAAAAUUCCCCAGGAAACGCCCUAUCAUGGUUCCAAUCUGCCACACGACUCGGGCUUCGUUGACUAUGGCACAAGUCGUCUUCCCAAACAUGCAUCUCACCAGCCCAUCUUAUCGUCGCCUCGCCCGCCAGAGACACCGGCUGCUCCACAUAACCCGUUUCGACAAGGACUCUCUCAGCUACUUUCCCCGUCCCAAAUGUUUCAGUCGACCCAGUUUUCAUCGGCCGUCAAGGUGGCCAGCCCAACUUCCUCACGACCAUCACCGGCAGAGUUCCCUCACCUAGGAUCACUUACCGGCCCAGCUCUGUCAUCCCCACUUAAGGAUCGGGGUCUUCGGUCGUCUUCUGUCCCGAACCCGCCAUCAAGCCCACAGAUUCUUUCAGGGAGAAAGUCAUCCAACCUGGAAAAUCGACCCAGCAGUCCCAUUCCUAGCGCCUCGAAUGGAAACAAAGCUGCUACUGAAGCGCCGCAAUCUGAGUUGCUCCCAAGGCGAAGAGCAGCCCUGGAGCCAAUGGCCGCUUAUGAGCCUAUUCACAAGUCCCAAGAAAGACGUGGCUCCUCGGAAGUGCGGUCAGACCCUCCUGUAUUCAAAAUGGACGAUGAUGAUGACGAGGAGCUACUUCGACGUCGAAGGGCACAGAGCAAAAAGAAUGCUGCGCUCAAGUCACUAACCGCCAUCAGUGUACCGCGUUCAGCGAAGACGAAGAUAGCAGAAAUCGAAGUGCCAUUGACGAGCAGUGAGAAACAAACGACAAAGGCGGAGGCAUAUCUUGCCCAGUGCCACGGCACCGAGGCUCAAGAUUCUUCACCGGAUGAAGAGACCAUCAAGGACUCCCAAGCUAAGAACUUGCCAUCUGGACCGAAACAGCCCGAUAUUGUUGACGACGAUGCAACCCAGUCUGACAACGGGGAUAUGGCAGAGCCAGUGGUAGACUUGACGCCAGUAGCAGAGCCCGAACUUCCAGCAGUGCGUUCAAGGCGGUCAGCUCGUUCGGGCCAUCCUGUUGAGCCCCCAGGUCUAGCUCCAGCUACAUCCAUUAUUCCGGAAACGAGUCCUACACGAGUUAGAAUGGAAGCCGGUGUGGUAGAGGAGCCAACCCAUCAGCCGGCUGCCCCAGAACUGGAGCCGGCCUUGCCUCACUCGACCCCCCCGGCGCCCAAUACAAGAUCCAGAAGGGCAAUUCUUGAGCCUCGUCACCCUUCAAGCUCAGACCUCACCUCCAUCGCCUCAACCCCCAGUAUCUACACAGACUCUACUAGAGCAUCUGUGUCUGAGCGCUCGCCUCUCGAGGCUUCAAUGGCUGGCAACUUCUCAGCGGUUUCUACGAGACUGAACCGGAGACAAGCCCGUGAGAGAGUUGCAAAGCCGAAAGGCUCAAGAGAGAGUCUGAGGCAAUCUGUAAGGUUGCAGAGCAGGAGGGGCUCAGGUUCAACAGACGAGCUCGCUCUGCCCCUGCCGACAACGCCGGCUUUUGAGGAUAGCUUGGGCGUCUCCCGUCUCAAUAUUGCUUCGGCAUCUCGGUCUACUUUUCGAGCUGCCUGCGUGAGCAUCAAAUCGCCCUUCGGCCAGCCUACUUCGGGAUUGUUCAGCAAUAUGGCUUUUGCCAUUUCUUUUCAAUCGAAGAAGCCAGGUGAAACCAAUGAUCAGUACAAGAAGCGCAUGGACGAUUCAACCACCCUUCAGAAGCGUAUUGCGCAAGCUGGGGGCAGGGUGCUUCCAAAUGGAUUCGAUGAGCUCUUUGAGGUUUCACCCGGGAGAUCACUCACGUCGACCCCGGUCGCUAGUCCUGGGAAGGGCCAGACGUCGGCUGAGAUCCAACUCACUCCCGCUGGGUAUGCCACCGGAUUUACGGCGUUGAUUGCUGAUGGGCACUCUCGCAAGGUGAAGUACAUGCAGGCUUUGGCGUUGGGGCUGCCGUGUAUUGCUCCGCGUUGGGUGACGAUGUGUCUAGACAGGGGGGAGCUGGUGGACUGGUCGCCUUUUCUCUUGUGCGCUGGACAGUCGGCUUUUUUGGAUAAUGCCAUCAGGUCGAGGAGUUUGGCUCCUUAUGACGCCGCGACGGCUAGGUUGGCGGAUGUGGUUGCCCAGCGCCCGAAGCUGCUGCAGGGGAGCAGGAUGCUGGCCGUGGUGAAGAAGUCGGUCCAGUCGAAGAAGAUGCCGUAUGUGUUUCUGGCGCAGGUGCUGGGGGUUUCGUUGACGAGGGUGUAUACUGUUGACGAGGCCAGGGUGGCGGUGAAGGCUGCGGAGGAGGCGGGGCAGGUGUUUGACUGGGUUUAUGUUGAUGGGAAGUCGGUCGAGCAGGCGCUGUUUUCGGCCCCUUUUUCGACGGGGCAGAAGAAGAAGAGGAAGAGGGGGUCGAUGGCGGCGCCGGAGGUGGUGACGGGGGAUGGUGGUGAGCCGCCGUUGAAGAGGAUUAGGACGCUGGAUGAUGAGUUGGUGAUUCAGAGUUUGAUUUUGGGGAGGUUGAUUGAGGAGGGGGAAAUGGAACAGUGA